CUAACGAGUUCUUUUUAUCUCUCUCUUUCAGGGAGUAUCUUCACCUGCUUUUGUGUUUGACUCACGCUUGCUUGCCAGUCUUAAGGAGGACCCUGGUCAUGUUGACUUGAUGUGGCAAAGCUGGUACCAGUACAUGCCUGACAAGCUGGAAGGUAAUGGCUUGGCACAACAUCCUGUGUAUGUGCCUGGAAAGGAAAUGGGGUCUCCAGGAACAGAGACUCUCAGUGAUACUCAGGAUGAAAAGAAUCAGGAAGCACAUGACACUGACCCAAGCACGCCCACCUAUGCAGGGCAAGAAAAACAUGGCCAGUCAGAUGAUGCCAGUCCAGACGAAUGGCAGAAAGUAGACAUGGCAGCUUAUAAGCGGUCGGUUGGUGUGACUGUGGAGCACAGUAAGGACGGCAUGGUGAUGGAGCUUCUUCAGAUGUACAGCGCGCAACACAACAAACUUCAGUCAACACUACGCAGACAGAAGCAGCUUGAAAAGGAGCUGCAGGCUCUCCGUCAAGGUGAAGCCACAGACCGCUGUGACCUACACGGGGAGCUGGAGGCGGUUCAGACUGAACAUGCUCAGAGGCUCGGUGAAGUCCAGCAGGAACAGAGAAAGUUAAAGUCCCGACUUGACCAGCUGAGGCAGCAAGGCUGCAGAUGCAAAGAGCUGGCUACUGAGCCACACCAGGAAACUAUCUAUGCCAAACAGUUAUCAGAGCUGCGUCAGAGGCUGGACCGUGCUGAGGAAGACCGCGAGGAGCUGCAGGAAGAGCUACGCAGAGAGCGAGAAGCCAGAGAGAGGCUGGAGCGAACCAUCUCUGAGCUCAAACAUCAGAUGAGGGAAUCCGCCCACCCUGCUUCAAUGGACAGUCCCAUGUCUUCAGCCUGUAGCGACACACACAUGUCCCCAACACCUUAGCAAGGUCUACGGUCACCAACCCGCAAUCUGAUUUCUGUGAUCAAGAGUCAUUUUGGAAUGGUGUCUCCGUUGGAUGCCAAAGUUGUUUUUAUUGCAGUUCUACGGAACAAUUGUACAAUUCGGGUCGUCCUGAGUAGGUUUGGGUUUAAUGCUGUGAAUUUGUUGAGUAACUAUUAAGUUGAACUGAUUUUUUUGGACAUGUGAAUAAGGAUUUUUGGUGUUUUGAUACAAAUUAAGUAGUUAGAAACAUUAUGCAAACCACUAACCCUGCAAGUGUACAAUCAACAUCAUCCGUUUUGGUUUAUCAGUGCUAGGACUACUGAUAUCUAAUGACAUU